AGCCAUUGUGGCUCAAGGAGCAGCGGGCGACGUUGCGCCAGAGGGCGGAGGGCCAUGAAGAGGGCGACCAUCGCGUUCCAGGAUGUUCCGCCAACCUCGUCCCAGCACGGCCAAGAUUUGGAAAAGUCCAGUCUCGUGUCAUCCAACGUCGUGUCGUCCAGCAGGGCCAACAAGCCCCGACUGACCACCAUGAAAGAGGAUCAGUUUCUCGUCGAAGUCUAUCACGAGCUGAGCCAGGUGACCACCGACCGGGAGCUGCUCCAGCAGGCAGACCAGCCCAAAAAGCCUUCACGGGGCUUGUCGUCCGAACAAUUCAGGUCAUUUGCGGUGCAGUUGGGGUCUUUCGAUGGCACCGACGAGGAGUGGGAUUCUCGUUGGUUGAAGAUUUGCGAUGUGUUCAAGGUCGACAUGGAAGAUGGCAUGUCGUAUGAGGUGUUUCUCAGUACCGUAUUGAGGGAGGACAGCAAGUACCAUUGUACUUACGAGGACAUCCGCGAUGUACUACAGGGCCUCAGGGUCGCGAACUCCUUGACGGGGGCGGAAGAGUUCGAGGAGUGCUUAUCUUGUGGAGGGCACGGCUGCACCUUGUGUUACAAGGAGGGCUCUGGCCGAUCGAAGCUUAUCAAGAUGAUUUUCGAGCAUUGUGACUACCAGGGUGGGGGCGCGUUGAAUUCAGCCGAGCUUUACGAGUUCGCGCUGCUCAUGAAUUUCGAAGGUACGGAAGAUGAAUGGCACGCCGAGUAUGCUAUGCUCUGCAAGGCACACAAUUGGGAUGCCGCGGGAGUGACGCCCGAAGAGUUCACCGCGUGGAUCAACGACCAGCACUGUGAGGACGGCAACGGCUAUUGCGAGGACUCCGAACUGCGGGCCAUAUACCAGGCGCUGCUCACCGGCAAGCUGCAGGCCAAGCGCCUGGCGUGGCGCAAGGACCUGCGGGCGCAGAACAGGGCGGUCACGAAGCUCCAGGCGGCCUACCGAGGAAAGUCUGCGCGGAAGGCGGUGCUGGCGGAAAAGCAGCAGGCCGCCGCGCAGGCCGCCGCGCAGGCGGCAGCCGCCACGACCUUCCAGUCCCACUUCCGCGGCCGUCGGGCGCGGGCCGAGGCCAGAGCGCGCCAGGAGGAGCUGGCCGCGCGCAAGGAGGAGCUGGCCGCGCGGGAGGCGGCGGAGGUGGCCUCUGCGACGAGGAUCCAGGCGGUGUACCGCGGGAAGGCGCGGAGGGAGUCUCUGAGGGCUCGCCGACAGCAAGAGGGCGAGGCUUCCCGCAGGAUACAGGCUGCGUUCCGAGGCAAGCGCACGAGGCAGGGGCUCGCACAGAGCGCGUGGGUGUUUCAGCUGACCAGGCCGGAGGCGACCCUCGCCGUGUUCCGCACCUUGGACUCGAAGGGUGUGGGGAGGCUGGGGCUGCAUGAGCUGCGACGCUGGGCAGACGCGUGCGGCUACACCGGGAGCGAUUCGGAUUGGGAGGAGGAGUACCGGCAGAUGUGCGCCGCGUACGGCUGGGACCCCGCUCUAGGGGCAGACAUGAUGCAGUUCGCGCAGUUGAUCAACGACAAGAGCGGGGCAACCUGCCUUCCAGAAAAGAGGCUGCAAAAGAUUUGCAUGGACCUCGAUGUGGAGCGGCCACCGCAGCUCACCAGGGCCGAGAUGUGCGGCAAGCUCUUUGAUUCGCUCAGCAUUGGCGAGACGAUGGGCCCGAAAGCGAUGCGGCGCCUCGCGGACCUCUUGGGCUUCGAGGGCACCGAUGCACAAUGGGCCGAGGAGUACCGCCACCUGUGCAAGAUGUAUGGGGUUGACCCUGGCAAGGGCUUUGCAGCGGACAAGCUCGCGGAGCUGCUGAACCACGUCGGCGGCCCCUGCUACCAGGAGGAGGGCGAGCUGCGUCAGAUGUUGGCCCUGCUGGAGCUCCGGGGCCAGGCGUGCUACUACCAGCCCCGCGGCAGCGGCCCAGGCUCCCCACAGAAGGCGGCGUUGGCCGCCUGGGAGGAAAAGCGGCGCCAAGAGGCUGCCAGGCAGAUCCAGGCCGGCUACCGCGGCAACGCCGCGAGGAGGCAGCUCAGGUCGGGGGAGGCGCCAGCGGCCCAAGACAGGCGAUUGAGCCCCGAGGAUGAGGCUCGGGCGGCCGGCUGCGCCGCAGACGACGGCGACGACGACGAGGACUUGAGCCCCUGGGACGCAAGCCGACGUAAGAUGGCCUACUUGAACCAGGACGCGGAUCUAAGGUUCUCGCGCAAGGGCGCGACUCAGAACUCGGGCAAGUCCCCUGUCGAACUCGAGGAGGAGCGCCUGAGGGCCCUGCACAAGAAGCUGGAGGUCGAGACGAUGAAGAUACAGGCCGUGCAGCGGAGUGGGGUUUCGAGGAAGCCAGGGGAUACCGUGAGGAAUGCCGACAAGUUGAGCAAAUUGCAGGCUAAGCAGGCCGCAUUUUCCAAGCAAGCCGACCAGAAAAAGGAUGAAAACGAGCAGGAAGAGGCCAGGCUGAAGAAUGGUCGCAGCUCAACGCAGUUGACCGAAAAAGAAAAGAGGAAGCUGAAGGUGUUGAGGGAGCAGCGACGCAUCUUGGACACUGCGAUGAAGGAUGUCGAGGAAAAAAACUUGGAGGCGCAGCGCAAGCAAGCUGCGGUGCAGCUGCAGGCAGCAGCGCGCGGCAUGUCUGCGCGGAAGCAGGUCGCGAAGCGCAGGCAGGAGGUGGAGAAGGGGGGUCGCGAGACCAAGGCGCUCUGGGAGGCGGUGUUUGACGAGGAGGUAGAAGCGGCCAUAAAGGUCGUGAAGGGGCCAGCUUUCUCCAAAAUCAACGGCAAGGACCAGAGGGGCUGUACCGCAUUGCAUAUAGCGGCCGAGGCGGACAGCCUGGAGAAGGUGUGUGCGGCCAUCCUCGGGCACGCGCAGUUUUCGGAGCACGCUGCGCAGGACAACUUUGGCUUCACAGCCCUUCACAGGGCCGCUCGGGCCGACCAACUGGGCUCCUGCAAGGUGCUGUGCACGGACAAGAAGUACCGCUGCCAAGCAUUCGGACUGAAGAGCCACAGUGGUUACACCCCGCUGCACUCCGCCGCCAUGCACGGACACGACGAGGUCGUCAAGUACCUUCUGUCGAUUCCGGUUGACCCAGCAUCCCGCGAUGAGUUUGGGCGGACGUGUUUGCAUAUCGCAGCGGAGCAUAAUCACUUGGACGCAUGUCUCGCGAUGCUGGCUCACGAGAAUUUCCCGGCUGAGUUGGUAGGAGCCAGGAACCAUUGGGGGUUGCAGGCUUGCGAUCUUGGCGACGAGAGCAUACGUCGCCUGUUAUCCGAUGGUAAGGACGCCUCGUUCAACGCCAGCAUCCCCACCAGGCCGAAGAGGCCCAGGAAACCCCAAAAGUUGGCAUUGCGUACAAAUCUCGUGAUACACAGUGACAGCGGCAGCGACGCAUCCGUGGACUUAGAUAAGCUCAUGGAUGAGGUUGAUCGUGACGGACCGCCACCGUCGGGAAUUCCUACCCAGAACAGGGGCAAGGUCGGUUUCGCGAAGCAUGCCCCUGGCGGCCUCGAGCGCGCUGCCACCAAAGCCGUCGCCGCUGGCGGACCGCGGCCAUCGCCGUCAGCGGCCGCCAAGCAGGCGGUCGCACCCGGUGCCCGGGCGUCCGUCAGGACCGCUGGCACUGCCCGAAGGCAGCCUGCUGGCAGGCAGGAUGCCGCCAGGGCCCCCGGGCCUGCCGCCGCAGGCCAGGGGAAGCAGGCCGCGCAGCACGCGUCUGCCAGAGGCACCGCGGCGGCGCGUCCUGCGGCCCCCGGCCUGGCGAGGAGCACGGCUUCGCCAGGGCGAGCGACGAAGGCGAGCGACCCCGCGAGUCCCCCGGGCGGCACGGGGGCGCGUGUCUCCGCAGGCGGCGGCAGGAUGACAGUGGCCGCCCCUGAGAGGAAGGCCCCGAACGUGAGGCGCGCGCAGACCACGGCGGCGCGGUGAGGCAGUGGCUGCGCGCUCCCACGAGACCGACCAGUGCCGCUCUCCUUCGUGCCCUGUGGGCACCGCGCGCGCAGCCGUAGGGCUCGGCGUUUUUCCUGGCGUCGUUUCUUCUCCUGUACCUCCGGGGUCAGGCCCUCUGCGGGCGUUACCGAGUAGGACCAGGCAGGCUCGAUGCAUCACUGACCCUAAACAAGGGGUACCGAA